AUGGCACGCGCGUGUGGAGCAAUCCUCCUCCUUACUGCUGCAGCGUUGUGCCUCCCAGCCUUCGUGGUGCCCAGCACCGCCCCACGAGCAGGACUCACGACCUCCACCAGCUCCGCCUCGGCUGAGCUCCCCACGUCCUCGUCCUUGUCCGCCGCGCCCGCGGUCCUCGCGGCGGCUGGGCUCGUGGUGCUGGCUCAGCGACAGCUUGUGACUGGCCGACGUGCUGACGGGAAGAUCAACAACAAGGUGUCACCAGAAGUGCCCAAGGUGGUGACGAAGGAGGACCUGGAGGCGGGCGCCAAGAAGGUCUAUUGCCGAUGCUGGCUUUCCGGCACAUUCCCACUCUGCGAUGGCGCGCAUGCCAAGCACAAUGACGAGACGGGAGACAAUGUGGGACCGUUGAUCGUGAGUGUGAAGAAGAGUGGCUAA